CUUUAAAACUCAAAUAUAUCUCAAUUACAUAAUUGCAUAAUAAGUGCAUCGGUCGAGCGCUGAUAAACGUUUUUUUGCCAUAUCUAACGGUACGCCCGGCCGACAUAGGUACUUAUCGCCAUAACUUAGCCGGCUUGCUUAUAGUAAACAACAUCGGAGUAAUUAACAUUAAAUUCGUAAGAAAGUGUUUUAGUUUACGUUCUCUCGUGGUGCUGGUGUUGUUAGUGGAACAGAGUGUUGAAAGUGCUAAGAAGGUAAAUACUAAGUGCAAUUUAAAAUGAAUGAAGCCUUGAUUAAAGAGUUAGUUAAGAAGAGGGGUCAUAUUAAGUCGCGAUUAACUAAAUUUUCAGGUUAUAUACGCGAGUUAGCCGAAAAAGCAUUGUGUGCGGCUCAGGUGACGGAACUGCAACUUCGGAUCGCUAAAUUAGAAUGUGUUUACAACACGUAUGACGAGAUUCAAACCAAGUUGGAGUAUAUGGUUGAGGAUGACGAGGCCCAAUUAGACGAGAGGUCUGACUUCGAGGAUUUGUACUACUCGUCAGUCGCGGCGGCUAAGGAAUUGGUAACCAUGCAUACCAAGGUCGCGCCUAGCGAUGGGGGUUCCGAUAAUAAUACACGGCGUCAUCCACAUGUAAAAUGUAAGUUACCUACCAUUUCUUUACCCAAAUUUGGAGGCUCGUAUGAUACAUGGCUUGAGUUUCGCGACACAUUUGAUAGUUUGAUUAAUAAUGACGACUCCAUCGAUGAUGUAAACAAGUUUCAUUAUUUGCGGGCUUCAUUAGAAGGCAGUGCCGCAGUAAUUGUACAAUCAUUAGCAUUGUCUAGUAGUAACUAUAAAAUAGCUUGGCAAUUAUUAUGCGACAGAUACAAUAAUAAGCGGUUAUUAGUAAAUAAUCAUAUUAGGGCCAUAUUUAAUAUAAACCCAAUUACCAAGGAGUCAUCGACAGCUAUUCGGCAUCUUAUAGACACGAUAUGCAAAAAUAUACGUGCGUUAGCGACCCUUGAUGAACCAACCACCCAUUGGGAUACAUUAUUAGUGUAUAUAAUAUGUCAAAAACUUGACAAUGUUACUAGACGUGAGUGGGAGGAGUUUGUGCCUAGUUGCGAAACAAUUACUUUCGAUGCUAUCAUACAUUUCCUCAGCGAUCGUGCGGAUCUAUUGGAAACCAUGGCGAUGGAGGGCCCCGGACGUCGCGCGUCCUGGCCGCUCGCCGCCGGCGCCGGCGCUGUCCCUGCGGCGCACGCGCGCUCCGCCGUGCGACGGGUAAAGGAAAAAUGUUUCGUAGGACUAGAUGAACGUGAAACCGAUACUGAGCGAACCAAAUGGAGGCAAGCCAAGGGUCAACUUGCAACCGAUACCAUGGUCGUCGUCAAAGAAGACAACCUCCCUCCAAUGAAAUGGAAGCUCGGCAGAAUCGUUAGCGUCAUCCCUGGAUCUGAUGGCAUCAAUCGUGUGGCCGACAUCCGGACGUCGUCUGGGAUCAUCCGUCGUGCGUUCAGCAAAAUAUGUCCACUACCAGUCGAAAAGUAAAUCUAUGGUUGAAAGACCAACCUUUCAACGUGGGCGGGCAUGUUGGAACGAAACGCAAGGCUUCAGCGGGGACUGCGGCGAGACGGAGGCGACCUCUGUCUUAAUUUUCGAUCUAGCUAACGCUGUGACAUUGCAAUUUUGAACAUGUAACAAGCAACUGAUUUUUUUAUUUUUUUUAUAUGUACUUGUGUGGCAGAAUACAGUACAUUUCUAUUUUUAAACAUUUUUUUAUUCUGCCUGGUCCUUCUACAAUCCU